AUGAGUGCUCAAGCUGCCCCAAAAUGGUAUCCAUCUGAAGACGUUGCCGCCCCAAAGAAGACCAGAAAGGCCUCCCGUCCACAAAAAUUAAGAGCUUCGUUAGUUCCAGGUACAGUUUUAAUUUUACUAGCUGGCCGUUUCAGAGGCAAGAGAGUUGUUUACUUGAAGCACAUGGAAGACAACACCUUAUUAGUUUCCGGUCCCUUCAAGGUCAACGGUGUUCCAUUAAGAAGAGUCAAUGCCCGCUUCGUGAUUGCCACCUCCACCAAGGUCUCUGUCGAAGGUGUCAACGUUGAGAAGUUCAAUGCCGAGUACUUCGCCAAGGAGAAACUGACCAAGAAGCAAAAGCAAGAAGCUAACAUGUUCCCAGAAAAGCAGGUCAAGGAAUUGAAGGCCGAACGUGUCGAGGACCAAAAGAACGUCGACAAGACUUUACUAGCCGAGAUCAAGAAGACCCCAAUGUUGAAGCAGUACCUGGCUGCUUCUUUCUCUUUAAAGAACGGCGACAAACCGCACUUAUUGAAAUUUUAG